AUGGGACGACGAAAGCGGGUGCAACAAAUUUUAGAAUCUAAAAGUUUCUGCAAAGUGCUAGAAUCGUUGAUUAAAGCUGAAAGCGAAAGUUGUAAGAAUGAUCCAAAUCAUUUGGAGACGUUGCAACGACUUUCCGAGCUAUCGUUGCCGCACGGUCAACUGGCUGCAGCCAGUUUACAUAACAUUGGAUCGUCUGCUGUUGUACCAAUUGCGGAUUUACGGGAUAACGAAAAUUACACAAAGGCAGAGAAAUUACAGAGGUAUAAACUUGCAUCGUUGUACCGUCUAGUAGACUUGUUUCAGUGGUCUCAGGGGAUCUACAACCAUAUAACGUUGAGAACUGCAUCAAAUCCCUCAGAAAUUUUAAUUAAUCCUUUUGGCUUAUUGUACCACGAAAUCACUGCCAGCUCACUUGUCAAAGUUGACCUUGACGGCAAUGUCCUUGACGGAGGAAGUACGAAACUUGCUAUAAAUCAGGAAGGUUUUGUUUUACAUUCAACUAUUCACAAAGCUCGUGCGGACAUUAAUUGUGUUCUUCAUCUUCAUACUGCUGUUGUGGCAGCUGUCUCCUCUAUGAAAUGUGGCUUGUUACCAUUAUGUAAGGAAGCCAUGAUAAUUGGUCCUGUAGCUUAUCAUGAUUAUCAGGGUUCAUUAGCAGAUGAGUCUGAUCGAAAUGCAUUGGUAAAUGAUCUUAGCGACAAAAAUAUUCUUUUGAUGCGAGCGAAUGGAUUUAUUGUAUGCAGUGCAACCAUCGAAGAAGCUGUUUUCCUAACACAAAAUUUGAUUGCUGCCUGUGAUCAUCAGGUAAGAGCUGCUCGAGCGGGUAUUGAAAACUUGGUUAUUCCCGAUGAAAAGGCUGUUGAGAAAGUUAGGAGGUCGUUGAAACGUGGAAUUACCGAGUUAAACAAAUCACCGUCCAAAACUGCAGAGAAUAAGCGAGUUGAAUGGAAGGUUGGGGAACUAGAAUGGGAGGCAUGGAUGCGAGUACUCGAUACCGCUGGGUUUCGCACUGGACAUUUAUACAAACAACCUCUGUUUCGGAAACCAGUAGCUUCCGUAACUGGAGAGCAGAGCGAUGUUGCAGUACCUCCGACAACGACUGCAAUGGGAACGGUUGAUGAAACUGAUUUGGAAGCAGUGACUGCUCAUAAAAUAGCACUGCUUAGAAAAGAGCAAGAAAAAGCUCGAUGGCUAAAUUCACCUAAUGCAUAUCAGAAAGUGGAAUUCUUGGAAACUGGAACUGAUAAUCCAAAAAAAAUAACAAAGUGGGUGCAAGACUCUGCCUCACCAACUCAUAGUGGAACGGUUGUAAAAAUUAGCUCUCCUCACCAAUUCAGUCCUGUGGCACUAAAUCCAAAGGAAUUUAAAGAGAAGCAAAGAGCAAUAAAAGAGAACCGGUUAACGGGUGCGACUUCCGCUGGACCCCAGUCACAGAUUUUGGAUGGAGUUUCUUAUGAAGAAAUGGCUCAGAUUAGAGCGGACGCUGAGACUAGCGGGAUGGGGCAGACAGAUCGUGUAGUUAUGAUUGGUACGGCUAGUAAAGGUAUCAUCGAACGGCAGCAUCAGCAUAAUGCCCAGGUAUACAGGCAGCUUUACGCACCAAAUCCGUUCGCUACUGAAACGGAUGAAGAUAUACAAAAAUACAUAAAAGAAGUAGAAAUGAAAACUUCUCGGCCUAGCUCUGCAGCUGCAACCGAAAAGCCGUCGAGGCAAACAAAUGAAGAGAACAGCGAAGUUGAGAGUCCCGGACGUGGUACUUCUAUCCUAGAUUUAUUAUCUUUAGAUAAAGCGUCUUUGAUGCAGGCAGCUCGAGAGCAUCGCUUACAGCCCACUCCUGAGGCAGUGACGUCUACUUCGCUAGAUGGUCCUAAUAAAAUUGCGGAACGCGACGGCACAUUAUCGUUAGAUCGAACUGUUAACAGUGUUAAUUCAAUGACGCUCGAAACGACAUUUGAUUCUACAGAUGUUCCGAGAAGUCGGCUAAUUCAAAACUCCGAGCUUUCGUCGUCGACUCCUCACCGUUAG